AUGAAAGACAACCCCUUCCGCCCUCGAGAGGGAGUUGAAGAUGUACUUGGUCCUGGAGUACUAUAUUUAAGUGAAAUAGGAGUUUUAACGUAUCUAGCUAUCAAUACAAGACCAGCUAUUGCAUUUUCAAUAAAUUUAUUGGUAAGAAGAUAUAGCUUCGAUCCUACAAGAAGGCAUUGGAUUGGAGUUAAACACCUACUUCAUUGCAUACGUGGGAUAGGGAUAUUCUACCCCAAAAAUGGGGUUCCUACUCUUGUUGGAUAUAUUGAUGCGGGUUACUUAUCAGACCCAGUCAAAGAAAAAUCUCAAACAGGUUCUUUCUCCAGUUAUGGAAACACUACAGAAAGUGGUAUAAAAUCAACUGAAGAAGACCCAACAAUCAUCUAUGAAGAUAACGCUGUUUGUAUUGCACAAAUCAAAGAAGGUUAUAUCGAAGAUGAUAGGACGAAACACAUUGAUCCUAAAUUCUUCUCCACUCAUGACUUAGAGAAAGAAGGAAAGAACGAUGUCAAGUAG